CAAUAGUUAAUCAAUAUUUAUUGAUGUAAGCGGCCAUUGUAACAACAUGGCAGUGAAGUUUGGCAGAUGCCACGUCGAAAUAUUUAUGCAUCUUUCCUAUUGUUGCGUGUAAUAUUGUCUUGAUCAACUUGAUGUAACGAGUACACGCACAUGUUGAAGUAAGUUUGUGCCAUCAAUGUAAGGAGAACCACCAUCAGUCCACGAACCCUGGGGAAAAUGUUGUCCAAAACAUCGAAGACAAUCGCCCUGUGCUCUCUAGCCAACUUUAUCAAUUCAGCAGACAGGGUGAUUAUGCCCAUUGCUAUCGUGCCGAUGACGGACAAGUUCAAGUGGGAUUUGCAUGGACAAGGAUGGGUUCUUAGUUCAUUUGCUGUUGGUUAUAUGAGCAGCCAGGUAGUGGGAGGCAGUGCAGCCAAGAAGUAUGGCGGCAAGACGAUCCUGGUUGUCUCAGUGCUACUGUGGUCAAUGUCAACGUUCAUGGUUCCAUUUUUUGCUCACUCAAUAUAUGCUCUGAUUUUGUCCCGAGUGAUACUGGGUUUAGGAGAAGGAUUAGGUUUACCAACUAUUUUCCAUAUCUUUGCCCAUGCAAUACCUUGCGAGGAGAGGUCGAGGGCAUUCGGCUAUCUUGUAGCAUGUGGAUCCAUAGGCGGGACUAUUGCAGCAGUGGUGUGUCCUCAUCUGACCUGGCCCUGGAUGUUUUACUUAUUUGGGUUUUUAGGUUUCAUCUGGGCCUUCAUCUGGCUGUUACUUUAUAAAGAGGCCAGAGGUUCAUCAGACGAGGAGUUUGUAGAGCCACCUAAGGUCAACAACACGAACGUGCGGUGGAUGGAGUUUAUCUGUCACUGGCCCAUGUGGUCGAUCUACAUCGCUCACUUCAGCAUGAACUGGUCCAACUACAUCAUCAUGCAGUGGCUGCCCACCUACAUGACCCGCAACCUGGGAGCCAACCAGAGCCACAUCAUGUUCACGGCAGUGCCUUACAUCAUGAACUCUUUAGUAGGAGUAGCGGCUGGACAUUUCGCUGAUGCUCUCAUUGCCCACAAGUGGACAGUGUUGUCCGUGCGGCGCCUGAUGACCAGCAUCGGGUUACUUGGACCCGGCUUAUUUAUCCUGUUUUUCAGUGCUGUGAAUAACCUUCCCUUAGCUGUGUUUUUUGUCUCCAUAUCUUUAGGCCUGAGUGCAUGCAAUUCUUCUGGUCACCUCAGCAACCAUGCUGAAGUGGCUCCCAAUCAUGCGGGCAUCACAUUCGCUAUAUCCAACACACUUGCCACAAUUCCCGGGAUCACCUGUGGUCCUCUCACUGCGGAGCUGGUGACUCAGUCCCACGGACGGUGGUUCCCCGUCUUCAUCAUUGCCGCGGGGGUCAACUUUGUAGGGGCUAUUAUUUAUCUAAGUCAGAGUGCUGCAAGUCAGGUGUUAUGAGAGGAAGAGAGUAUUGAGAGCGAGAGAAAGACACACAGAAUGAAUGUGAGGAGGAGCGAUUGUGUGGGAGGCAGAUGUGUGUAUGUAAGCGACAGUUUUUGUGUGAGCGAUAAUGUAUUCCUGGGGUUAAAUCACCGAUUUCAGUAAACGUUUUGACUCACCACUACACCAAGCCAUGUUCUAGUACCUAACAUGCUGUCACAUAAUCAAAUGUUUUCUAAAUAUCAACUGGGAAGAUGACACCCAUAUUACCAUGGUAAUGAAUACCACUGCACUGAGAACUUUUUUUACCUAUUUUACCAGAUCCUUUAAAGAAUGAAAAUGGGUUAAAAAAGGUUAUAAUGAAUUAAAUCAAAUACAUAUAUCAUUGAUGGGGUAUAUUUUACAGUAUAAUAACUGGUUUGGGUAUGGAAGCUGACAUGUCGUGUUAUAACAGAAAUACUGUUAAAAGCAGUGAAUGUCACAUUAAGACAGAUAAUUAGAAGCCUUUAGUGUUUUCCAGGUGAUGAAAAUACCUUUAAGGCUAAUACUUAUAGGCUAGGGCUCUGUUUCACAAGGUGAUAACAGAGCUAUGACUGGCAUUACUACGUCUCACAUGUAUUACAGUAAUUGUAGCACUGAGAUCCCUGUACAGACCAGUGCCAUGGAGUGUACACUGAAAGAUUCUAUGUGGAGAUCUGGGUUUGAAUACCGGUAGGUCUUCAGCAACCCAUGCUUGCUGUGAAUUGCGACUUUGCUUGUCGUAAGAGGCGACUUACAGGAUCGGGUGGUCAGGCUCACUGACAUGGCUGAUGCAUGUCAUCAUAUCCCAAUUU